CAGGAUGUUCCGCCGGGAGCGCUCCAUUCCCCUUCGAGGCUCAGCUGCCGCCCUGUGCAACAACCUCAGUGUGUUACAGCAGCCAGCCCGCAACCUCACUCAUUUUGGGGUGGUUCAUGGACCAAGCGCCCAGCUUCUCAGCGCUGCCCCUGAGGGUGUGCCCUUGGCCCAGCGCCAGCUCCAUGCCAAAGAGGGUGCUGGAGUGAGCCCCCCACUUAUCACUCAGGUCCACUGGUGUGUCCUUCCAUUCCGAGUACUGCUAGUACUCACCUCACAUCGAGGGAUACAGAUGUACGAGUCUGAUGGCUCCGUCAUGGUCUACUGGCAUGCACUGGAUUCUGGAGAUACCUCUUCAGUACAGGCUGCGUUUUCUCGAGGAAUUUCUGCCAGUGGCCACUUCAUCUGUGUGGGAACAUGGUCAGGCCGGGUGCUGGUAUUUGACAUCCCAGCCAAGGGUCCCAACAUUGUACUGAGUGAGGAGCUGGCUGUGCACCAGACACCAAUCACAGAUAUUGCCACCAAGCCUGCUCAGGGACAGGACACUAUGACUGAUAUGGUGACAGCAGAUGACUCCGGCUUGCUAUGUGUCUGGCGGUCUGGGCCUGAAUUCACAUUACUAACCCGCAUUCCAGGAUUUGGGGUCCCAUGCCCCUCUGUGCAGCUGUGGCAGGGAAUUGUGGCAGCAGGCUAUGGGAACGGGCAAGUGCGUCUGUAUGAAGCCACUACAGGAACUCUACACAUCCAGAUCAAUGCCCAUGCCCGGGCCAUCUGUGCCCUGGACCUUGCUCCAGAGGUGGGCAAGCUACUCUCCGCAGCUGAGGACACCUUUGUUCAAAUCUGGAAGCUGAGCAGAAACCCAGAGAGUGGUUCCAUUGAGGUGGAACACUGUCAUAGUGAGUGUGUAUCUGACACCCAGGUGUGUGGUGCUCGGUUCUGUGAUCCCUCAGGCAGCUCCUUUGCUGUGACAGGCUAUGACAUCACUGAGAUCCUGAGAUUCAGCAGUGCGUGAGAGAAGAGCAGCCUUCCUUUUCUCCCUGUGCUAUUUAUAAAGUAUCCCUGCCAC